AUGCAAUCAUCGACAUUGUGUCUGAUGCUUUUGGUUCCUUGGGUUUCCACGCAGAGCUCUGCGCCUCCACAACGAGAGUGUGCGGCUGCUCUACCCUGCAUGGACACUUGCACUUCAGGAAUUCCAUGCACUGCGGCUGAGCUAAUGACGUCGUUGCCUCAGGUUGAGAAAGCUUACGCGAUGAAAUUGAUGGAAGAAGAUGCAUACAAAUUCAUCAAAGGACUCAACAACACCGAUUUUGAUUGCAUGGCCUCGUUGAUCAACAAUUAUUGUAAAACGGGCAAUCAUGCAGCUGAUCGAGAGUCAUUGAUUGCUUUGAUCAAAGCUGGAUGUCCUUCAUCUACUCUUUCCGCAUAUGUCGACAAAUUUUAUCAAGUCCAGGUUGACAAAAUCAACAACAUCAAGCAGAAAAACCCUCAAUGUGCUGAUGUCAUCUACACGUGGGAAAGAAGCAUUUACAAGCUCUUCAAUCAAUCGCAACCCGGUCAACCACCAAAUAUGACCGCCGUUUUCCAACAGGCCAUGCAAAACUGUGUGGAUAUUAUCGGUGAAAUCGAGAAGUCUCGCGAUACCUGCGAGACACUUUGGACAAAUGAAUACCCCGUUAUCUGCAAAUACUAUCAAGCGAAUCACGAUGCAAUGGUUCCGAUGGUGCAAGGAUUUUGUCGUGCUGGUCUUAAGAAUCCCGAAAAGACUCGUGAUAAUAUUCGAAAAAUGAUGGAGCAUAUUAUGUGCAAGCCGCACACUUCUCAAUCGACAACCGCUCCUUCGAGUGCU